GACAACUAAAAAGAAAGGUUCAAAAUGUAAAAAUUAAAAAUUAUGUCUUUACCUACAAAGAGUAGUCGUUAUGGGAUAAUUUCCGGUGCGAAUCUGGGUGUAAUUCCGGAUAUACGGGGAGGAGUAGGUUUAAGAUUUUUUAAUUCAAUGGCUAGAAAUGGAGAUAAACUGCAUCAUAUGGAAGCGACGAUGGGCGAUACUGAAACGAAAGGGAUGGUUCGAUCUAAAGCUAUUCGUGUGGCAACUUUAUUAAGAAAUCGAGGAAUUGAAGAAGGAAAUAUUAUUGUAAUUUCUAGUAAAAAUCAUUUAGAUCAAACAGUUGCGUUGUUGGCUUGUUGGUUUCUCGGUGCGAUAGUAGCACCACUUCACUCCGAUUAUGAUUACGAAGAUUUAAAACACGCCGUUAGAAUGUUACAGCCAAAAGUUGCUUUUUGUGGAAACAAAUCUUCUAUAUUGCUACACAGGAUAAUGCUGGACAUAAAUGUUAAAUGUACGAUUAUAACUUUUAAUGAGGAAAGUAAACAAUUUCCUACGUUUAAGAAAUGUUGUGAAUUAUAUAAGGAAGAUCCUAAUUUCGAAGUGGCUUAUAUAAGCGAACCCUCAAAACAACCAGCAAUUAUUAUUACCACUUUGGGCACGGAAACCAAUUGUAAAUUAGUCGCCGUCUCCCAUUAUAAUUUAAUAUUACGGUAUAGCCGUUUAAUUCCAAGAUUUAACAAAUCGGAAAAACUACUUUCAUUCUUUCCGUUGAGUUGUACCAUGCAUAUUUUGGCUUCAUGUCUUUGUUUCGAUACAACAGUACGAUUGAUUUACUUUAAACAUUUCACCGAGAAAAGUAUUUGUAAACAUAUUCAACAUUUAAAAGUCGAACAUAUGUUUAUCGAUGGAGAAUUGGUUGUUAAAGUGGUUGCGAACGCUCCUCUUCUGGAUUAUGAUUUGACUAGUUUGAAAACGAUCUUCGUAGCUGGUAUGCCAUUAUCGACGACGAAUUACGCAAAGGUUUGCAGGACGUUUCGUGGGGUUGAUGUGAACACGACUUAUCAGACAAUCGAAACAGGAAUGAUGACCGAAAUAGGUCAAGAAGUGUUCAGUUUUAACAAACAAAAAGUUCUUUCAGUUGGAAAAUUAUAUCCCGGCCUUAAAAUUAAAAUCCUUGAUAUUAGAACGAAACAAGUUUUAGGGGCUGAACAAUCAGGAGAGAUUUAUGUUAAAGGUGCUGCCAUCAUGUUGGGAUAUUAUAGAGAUCCUUUAGCUACCAGUAAAGCUUUUGUAAAAGGUUUUUACAAAACUGGAGAUGUUGGUUCAUAUGAUACAGAUGGAUAUGUUUAUAUUAAAGGAAGAUUAAGCGAUCAUGUAUAUCGAAGUGGCUUCUUAUUUGGUCUUCAAGAUAUCGAGGAAGUCCUUAAAUUAAACCAAUCCGUUUCUGAAGUUGUAUGUAUAGAAACCUUUGGUGCUAUUAUUGCAUGUGUGAUUAAAAAACUUGGACACGAAAUUAAGGCAAUUACUUUAUUAGAUUUUGUCUACGAUGUAUUACCACCUUAUAAAAUACCAUCGAGAGUAAUAUUUCAAGAUUAUUUCCCCAAAACGGUCCUAGGAGUUAAUCGAAAGAAUAUCAUUAAAGAGAACAUUACAAAAAUUCUUCUAGAAGAGUCUCUUAUGAAGGAUGAUUCACUUAGAGAUGAUAAAAGAUCAAUGGAAUCUUGAGUAUUAUUUUUUAUGUAAAAAAAAUUGUAAAUGUUAAUUAUGUCAAAUAAAAACAAUAAAAUUGUUA